GAGCGGGCACCCGCGUUCAUGUUCCGCCAGGAGCAGCCGCUGGCCGAGGGCAGCUUUGCGCCCAUGGGCUCCCUGCAGCCGGACGCUGGCAACGCGAGCUGGAAUGGGACCGAGGCGCCGGGGGGCGGUGCCCGGGCCACCCCCUACUCUUUGCAGGUGACGCUGACGCUCGUGUGCCUGGCCGGCCUGCUCAUGCUGGUCACCGUGUUCGGCAACGUGCUGGUCAUCAUCGCCGUGUUCACAAGCCGCGCGCUCAAGGCACCUCAGAACCUCUUCCUGGUGUCUCUGGCCUCGGCCGACAUCCUGGUGGCCACUCUCGUGAUCCCUUUCUCGCUGGCCAACGAGGUCAUGGGCUACUGGUACUUCGGCAAAGCGUGGUGCGAGAUCUACCUGGCGCUCGACGUACUCUUCUGCACCUCGUCCAUCGUGCACCUGUGCGCUAUCAGCCUGGAUCGCUACUGGUCCAUUACGCAGGCCAUCGAGUACAACCUGAAGCGCACGCCGCGCCGCAUCAAGGCUAUCAUCGUCACGGUGUGGGUCAUCUCGGCCGUCAUCUCCUUCCCACCGCUCAUCUCCAUCGAAAAGAAGGGCAGCGGCGGCCAGCAGCAGGCAGAGCCGCACUGCGAGAUCAACAAAGAGGAGUGGUACGUCAUCUCGUCCUGCAUCGGCUCCUUCUUCGCGCCCUGCCUCAUAAUGAUCUUGGUCUACGUGCGCAUCUACCAGAUCGCCAAGCGCCGCACCCGCGUGCCGCCCAGCCGCCGGGGCCCGGACACCGCGCCGCCGGGGAGCGCCGAGCGCAGGCCCAACGGCCUGGGCCCCGAGCGCGGCGUGGGCCUCGUGGGCCCCGUGGGCGCCGAGGCCGAGCCGCUGCCCGCCCAGCUCAACGGUGCCCCCGGGGAGCCCGCGCCGGCCGGACCGCGCGACACCGACGCGCUGGACCUGGAGGAGAGCUCGUCGUCCGAGCACGCGGAGCGCCCCCCGGGGACUCGCAGGUCUGAUCGCGGCACCCGGGCCAAGGGCAAGGCCCGGGAGAGCCAGGUGAAGCCCGGGGACAGCCUGCCGCGGCGCGGGCCGGGGGCUACAGGGCCCGGGGCGCCGGCGGCCGGGCCGGGGGAGGAGCGCGGCGGGGGCGCCAAGACGUCGCGCUGGCGCGGGCGGCAGAACCGCGAGAAGCGCUUCACGUUCGUGCUGGCCGUGGUCAUCGGCGUGUUCGUGGUGUGCUGGUUUCCCUUCUUCUUCACCUACACGCUCACGGCCGUCGGCUGCUCCGUGCCGGGCACGCUCUUCAAGUUCUUCUUCUGGUUCGGCUACUGCAACAGCUCGCUGAACCCGGUCAUCUACACCAUCUUCAACCACGACUUUCGCCGCGCCUUCAAGAAGAUCCUCUGCCGCGGAGACAGGAAGCGGAUCGUGUGAGCACCGAGGCCGCGCUCCACCCCGCAACACCCCCUCCCCCGCGGACGCACUCGCGCUGACCGAAGGCGGCGGGGAUCGGAGGGCGCGUCUACACAGUCCCAGCGCGCUGAAAACGGGGGGUCUCCCUACUCCGUGCGUCUUGGCCCGGUUGUUGCUCUGCGGCCGCCUUCGAACAUCUGCUCUUCCCGGCCGGGGAAAAACACCGGCUGGGUGGCCCCCCACCCCCACCCGCGAGUUAUUGUUAGGGCCGCUUGGGAUUCCGAGUGAUCUUCCAGGGUCCUUGGGCCGCCCCUCAUCAGUAUUGUUUCCUAAAGGUGUUUUCACCUCCCCCGAGUCCAGAGCAGCUCUGAGCAAUUGCUGAACCCCAGAGGGUAUGGCUCACAAAGGGUUAACGGAAGGGGUUACCCAGCUCUGGCUAAUUGGGCUCCCCUCCUCCCAACUCUAUUUUUAAACGAAGCUCAGGGCAGCCCAGCCCGCCCUCCCAUCCCCCACUGUAAAUAUACACUAUUUUUGAUAGUACAUGCCUGAUGGGGGAGAAGGGGUCCCUAUUGUCGCUUGGCUUUUGUCGUCGGAAUCCUGGCUGUUGGUGAUGCCCUGGAGGCAGACACGUUGUGUCUGGUUCAGGCCCAGUCCCUCUGCAAUCUGCACACCGUUUUCUAGCGUCAUUACUUCCCUCUGUGUCCUUUUCACCAGCAACUGGUGACUGUCCCUUUGGGCCCGGACCGCUUGGAGAUUUCCUGAGGCGGGAAAGAUUUGUCCGGUUUUUUUUAUUUUUAUUUUUUUUUUAUUUUUCCCUGUGCCUAACAGCACGAUUGCCUUUUCCUAUGUAAAUACUGCAGUGGGGGAGCGACACAGAAGUAAUGACCCUUCCUGCCCUGCGUCAGCCCAUGGACAAAGCCAUUAUCCCACUUGUCCCUUCGUGCCAGCAGCUCACGUUAAAACCUCCUCUUUCUCGCGGCCCCUCCCGUCUUUUCUCCGGGGCUGCUGCUUGAAGAAUAUGUAUGUUUCUACUUUAUGUGUAUGUGUGCCCCUCUGUCUCCCAAAGUGCUGACUGUGGGGAAAUCGUUUAGCUGCUGUUUUUAGACACAGGGAAGUGUAAAUUAUGUGGAAGAGGCAAACCUGAUACGAUUUGCCCAAGGUAAACAGUUUGAAAAGACAAAUGGGCCUGCCAAACUGUACAGUUCCUGCCCCAAGAGCUCUUAGUAUCAAAGUGGUGUCCUUCCCUCCCUCUGUUUUCCCGGUUGAGAUCCUAUCUCUGAUGAAUUCCCAAAGUCUAAGGAGGAGGGCGGAGACCUCGUGUUUACCUCGGGAUUCUACACAUUUGAGACAGAGACUCUUUAAGGCCUGCGUUCUUAUUUUACUAAAGAAAAAUUAAUGUCAGCACAUGUUGCUAA